AUGGGCUGGUUCUCCAUCCUGAAGAGCCUCUUCACAGUUUUUGUCUUUAGCAUCUUGGUUGUCGGCUCUGUAGAGGGUUACACGUGUUCACAAGCUACAUGUGGAAGUGGAAACUGUCCUGAGCCUUCAUCUACUUGUGACACCACUGUUGGCUGCUUCAACCAAAUACAGAAAUUAGAAACACCAUCUCCAGAUACAAAAGCAGUAUUUGAGCAAAAAGGGUGUAAUGCAGAUAAAAACAGAUGUGACUUGGAAUUCUCAAUAACGCUGGGGAAUCAGCAUACAAUUAAAUACAAGAACCAAUGCUGCACUAGUGAGCAAUGCAACAAAGAACACGUAACAUUGUCUCAAUCAUCAGAAAUCAAUGGUGUUGAAUGUACUGCUCUUGGAAGCCCCACCUUCAAAUCCAUUGCAUCCCGUCCAAUUGUUCUGCUCCUCCUGAAAAUCUUGCUUUGA